AUGAUUCCAACUGGAACUACAAAUAGUAGUAAAUAUUCAAUGUUCAAGAAUAUAUUCAUAUCCGAGAGUAAUCUUACAGAUACAUUUAAAGAAAAUGAAGAAGAUGAAGAUGAUAAUGAAGAUGAAGAUGAUAAUGAAGAUGAAGAUGAAGAAGAUGAAGAUGAGGAAUCAUUUUAUAUUUAUUGUAAUAUAGUUAAAUAUAUACCCUUACAAUAUUGGUAUAUAGAGAGAAAGAGAAAGAGAGAUAGAAGAGAAAAGAUGGAGAUAAUUGACAAUGCAAUUAAAGAGUUGUCUGUACUCUUUGAAAAGAUCAGUAAUCCUUUAGAUGACAAUCAUUGGUACUUGUCAUCUCAAACGCAUGCAAAGGACUUUGUUUAUAUUAAUUUAAUCUGCGGUUUUGCAAUGUUAUUCGGAUACAUCAUCUCACCAAAGAUCAACGCACGACCGGGUAACAACCCAAAUACGAUUCUGGCAACACUAUGCGCAAGCAUUUUGAUCAUAAAUGUAAUUGCCAACGUCAUUUUCAAGAUUAUGAAGGGUCCCAUCUAUCUUGCAUUUAUGUUACAACCAUGUCACAUUGUCAGCUCAAUCUAUGCCUAUUUAUUAUUGACUCCAAAUAUUCGUCGAGGUUCCAUUAUUCAUCAUAUCACAAUCUAUUAUAUUGUAGUAACUGGAGCAGCAUUAGCUUUUCCAGAUACAACUGAUUUGAUCCGACCUUAUGAAAAGGAGAAUUUCUUUGUCCAACAUUGGGCAUUGGUGGCGGCACCCCUUAUUCUCCAGACUUUUAGAUUCCCAGCGCAGUUUGGAUUUGGGUAUGCGUUAAUGUCUGCUGGCAUAUUGUUUAUCUCUCACUUUUCCUUGUUCAAGGUGGUCAGCUUGAUCACCGGUGUCAACAUCAACUAUAUGUUGUCGCCACCACCCGUGCCAUUCGACAUGGAGAAACUGAUCAUCGAGUACACCUAUGGAUACGCCGGACGCGACCACUACCGAACCGUAUGUGGUAUCCUCGUCGUAUUGGUGUCAUGGGUACUCGGACUAUUGACAAUCGUGGUUGGAAACAUCCUUGCUUACAUUUUGCCAUCCAAAACCUAUGCACCUUCAAACACCAAUAAUAAUAGAGGUAAAAAUAAAAAGAAAAUGAAUUAA